UGUGGUGGAAGCGUGGCUCGGAGCAGCGGAGCAGCGGAGCAGCGGGAGGUUCCUGGUGGACACCGAGGGACCGAGGCCCGGGGGGGGACAUCUCGGCACGCGCAGACAGACCCCCAGGACAACACAAAGAAGAAGUCGGAAGAUUUUUUUUUUUUCUUUCUUUUUUUAAAAAAUAAUAAGAAUAACGCGACUAACUCUGCAAUAAAAGAAGUGGUGGAAGCGAAACGAAGCGAAGCGAUCGAGCGAUCCCCUCCGAAGCCCGAGCCGGCAUGAUCUCCGGCUGCCUCGAGAUCCUCGGACUGGCGCUGUCGGUCGCCGGCACCCUGCUCGCGAUGGUCGCGUGCGGCCUGCCCAUGUGGAAGGUGUCCGCCCACAUCGACAGCAACAUCGUGGUGGCGCAGACCAUCUGGGAGGGGCUCUGGAUGACGUGCGUGACGCAGAGCACGGGCCAGAUCCAGUGCAAGCUGUACGACUCGGUGCUGUCGCUGAGCGCGGAGCUGCAGACGGCGCGCGCGCUCACGGUCGUGGCGGCGGUGACGGGCGUGCUGGGGCUCGCGCUCGCGGUGGCGGGCGCGCAGUGCACCAACUGCAUCCGCAGGGAGGCGCUCAAGGCGCGCGUCGUGAACGCGGGCGGCGCGGCCUACGUCCUGAGCGCCGUGCUCGUCAUGGUGCCGCUGAGCUGGGUCGCGCACGGCAUCAUCAGCGACUUCCGGAGCGCGGACGUGCGCGCAUCCAGCAAGCGCGAGAUCGGAGCCUCCAUCUACGUGGGCUGGGCGGCGGCGGCGCUGCUGCUGGCGGGCGGCGCGCUGCUCUGCUGCUCGUGCCCGCCGCCCGCCGCGAGCGCCUCGUACCCCGUCAAGUGCCCCCCCGCCAGUGGCAAGAGCGUAGCGCUGAACGGAGAGUACGGCAAAAAGAACUACGUGUAGCACGCGGCCGCCGCCGGGGACUCCCUCUCUCUCUCUCUCUCUCUCUCUCUCUCUCUCUGUCUGUCUGCGUGCGUGCGUGCGGCUCAUGAUCAUCUGGCCUUGAUCUGUCCCUCGCGCUCCUGCCCACGUCAGUCACGUGCCGCGCCGCCUUGUCGUGCGCUCGGCGCGCGGAUGUACCGAAGUACCGCGCAGUACCAUUUACUGGUCUUUUCAUUCGUGAUUGAUGUGUGUGUCAACUGUAGUAACGCACUGCGCUUUUACUGCUCGUGUGUCUUCCGUUCCAAAUACCUGCUCAGGUAAAAACACACACAAGCGUGCAAAACACUUCCUGGCUUCUGCAGUUCUGUUAAAUAGAGAGUCAGACAAAAGUCAGAAAACGAGUUACACUCCCUGCGUCAUGUGUUUUGUCACCCAAAACUGUGUUGUAUCAUAAUGGAAAGUGGUUUUUUUUUUUUCAUUUUUAAAAGAAAUUUUAUAUAUAUAUAUGAAUGAAAUGUAGGAAUAAAGAGUUAUUGCUCCAGUA